CCCUCCUGCGCACUCCGUCCCGCGCCCGCCCCACGCCCCCCCACCCCACCGCGCCCUUGCUAUCCGCAGCAUCCCUGCACCGCCCCUCCACACCGCCCCUCGGCACCCGGCCUCCGCCUCCGCGUCCGCCGCCAUUCCUGCGCCCGGGCUCUCCGGCUCGGCACCACUAGGACGUUCCGCAUCAGGUGGUCACGAUUCUGAGGUCAAGUGCACCGUCCAGCUCACCUGUAAAAGCAGGUAGUGCCAUCCUGCCAGGAUCCAGGAGUCGAGGAGCAAAGAUUUCUGAAGACUUCUUCCUAGAAACGACUGGGAAGUGUUGAGAGACACAAGAUACAGGCAUUUGCAGCUGAAGUCCCUGCCGCAGCCCCUGCCGAUGAGGAUGUGUGUCCCCCCUGGGGGGCUGCUCACUGUCCUCGCCAUGGUGUUUGAGACAGCGGUGGCAUUCGCACCCAUACCUAGGAUCAUCUGGGAGCACAGAGAGGUGCAGCUGGUGCAGUUUCACCAGCCCGGCAUCUUCAACUACUCAGCCUUGCUGCUGAAUGAGGACGAGGACACCCUGUACGUGGGCGCCCGGGAAGCCGUGUUUGCUGUGAACGCACUCAACAUCGCCCAGAAGCAGCACGAGGCAUAUUGGAAGGUCUCAGAAGAUAAAAAAGCAAAAUGUGCAGAAAAGGGGAAAUCAAAACAGACUGAAUGUCUCAACUAUAUCCGAGUGCUACAGCCACUUGGUGCCACUGCCCUUUAUGUGUGUGGGACCAAUGCCUUCCAGCCGGCCUGUGACCACCUGAACCUAACAUCCUUUCAAUUUCUCGGGAGAAAUGAAGAUGGCAAAGGAAGGUGCCCCUUCGACCCUGCACAAAGCUACACGUCUAUCAUGGUUGAUGGAGAGCUUUAUUCUGGGACAUCUUACAACUUUUUGGGAAGUGAGCCCAUCAUCUCCCGAAAUUCUUCCCACAGUCCUCUGAGAACAGAGUACGCAAUACCUUGGCUCAACGAGCCCAGCUUUGUCUAUGCAGAUGUGAUUCGAGAGAGCCCAGACAGCCCUGAGGGCGGGGACGACAAGAUCUACUUCUUCUUCACAGAGGUGUCUGUGGAAUAUGAGUUUGUCUUCAAGUUAAUGAUCCCUCGGGUAGCAAGGGUAUGCAAGGGGGACCAGGGUGGCCUGAGGACCUUACAGAAGAAGUGGACAUCCUUCCUGAAGGCCAGGCUUAUCUGCUCCAGGCCAGAAAGCAACCUCAUCUUCAACGUGCUGCGGGCCAUCUUCGUUCUCAGGUCUCCAGGCCUGAAGGAGCCUGUGUUCUACGGGGUCUUCACCCCACAGCUGAACAAUGUGGGGUUGUCCGCCGUGUGUGCGUACAAUCUCUCCACAGCCGAGAUGGUCUUCUCCCAAGGGAAGUACAUGCAGAGUGCCACAGUGGAGCAGUCCCACACCAAGUGGGUACGCUACAACGGGGCUGUGCCCACGCCAAGGCCCGGGGCGUGCAUCAACCACGAGGCGCGGGCAGCCAACUUCUCCAGCUCUCUCAAUUUGCCGGACAAAACGCUGCAGUUUGUCAAAGACCACCCUCUGAUGGAUGACUCCGUGACCCCGAUAGACAGCAGGCCCAGGCUGAUCAAAAGCGGUGUAAACUACACACAGAUUGUGGUGGACCGGACCCAGGCCCUUGAUGGAACCAUCUACGACGUCAUGUUUAUCAGCACAGACCAGGGUGCCCUGCACAAAGCCAUCAGCCUUGAGAACGAUGUUCACAUCAUCGAGGAGACACAGCUCUUCCAGGACUUGGAGCCAGUGCAGACCCUGCUGCUGUCUUCCAAGAAGGACAGAAGGUUUAUCUAUGCCGGUUCCAACUCGGGCGUGGUCCAGGCCCCCGUGGCCUUCUGUGGGAAGCACGGCACCUGCGAGGACUGCGUGUUGGCUCGGGACCCCUACUGUGCCUGGAGCCCUGCCAGGGCAGCCUGCGUGGUCCUGCACCAGACCCAUAGCCCAAGCAGGGGCCUGAUUCAGGAGAUGAGUGGGGAUGCGUCCGCUUGCCCUGCCUCAUCUCCUAUGCCCUUCCCUCCUCCGGGGCCCUCCUCCCUGUCCUGUCUGGGCCCUGACUCAUCUUCCUCUCCCCGAAGCCCCUGGCUGGCCUUGGGCUCUGGGCCUGACAGCCGCCCGCGGGUCACCUUGCUGCCGCCCUUCCUCAGUGACCAGGCCCAGCACGUGCAUGCCUUGGGGACCUUCCACCUCUUCUGCCAGGCCACAGCAGGCAAAAACCAGGCAACGGCCCCCAGGGACCUCACUGAUGGGCCUUCAAACACCCAUUCAUCAACCUGCUGCUCCUAAAAGCAAUUUGCUAUUGAGGGACAGAGCAGAUGAGUAAAUCCCUCUGAGGCCCCACACAAGCCUCUUCCUGGGCAUGUUCUGCCACAGGCAUUGGACGACUCCAGUGACACGUCCAAUCUAGGCAUGCAUUGCCCUUUACCCCGAAAUCUAACCCACAAGCCAGUGCUGGUUCACCAUGCAAUGUGGUUGUUCAAGUAGAUGGUGGUUAACAUGACAGUAUAUCCAGCCACACCUAACUCCUGAGUACUGGAGGAUGGCUGACUAAAGGCCAAGUCCCUCUUCAAGCCAUGGUCUACACAAGUGUUGGUUGACGUCUCUACAGCCAAGGUGCCUCCCUUUCCAGGUGACUUCCUGUGAUGUCGCCACAGAGCUGAGUUUAUGAAACCAUGACACGGGCUCAGACUCUGGCCCAGCUAAGGCUAGGUUGGCUUCUAAAGGUAGGCACGGCCUCAGAGCUCAAUGACUCUGCUCACCGUCUUCUCUUCCUCUGCUGACCUUAUCAGUAUGGUAUUUGUAUAUGUACAUGUGUGCGUGCCUGUAUGUGCAUUUGCAUGUGUAGGUGUGUGUAUGUGUGUGUGUUCUUUUUUGGUCCAAAGCACCCUGCACAUUGUACGGUGGCCACAUCUCCACUCACGGUCUGGGGCCUGAGUGUGGCAAGAAUUCUGGAUUCUGGAGUGGUUGUCCAAACUGCUGACUUGUCUUCCAUCUGGAAGGGAUUUACAUGCAUUAUGCAGAGUUAGGAGAAUACUGAAAAGGAAAAUAAAGGGGGUUGUGAGCUGGAGAAAUAAGUAAGCAUGCAGCUGUGUUCCACUUUUCUGAAAUGAUAAAUCCAUGCUCCUUGUGGAAAAAUUAGAAUCAUACAGGUAAGUAGUGAAAUAACCCCACUGCUCACACAUAAGUACACGUAGCUUUAUUUUGGCAUAUAAACGUGGACAUAGAGGUGAGAGCAAUUGGUAGUGAUGUGUCCCUCUCAUGCAUAUGCAAAUCAUGCACUUGCAUAUGCAGGUGUACACACACGGAAGUAGAUCUAUGUAAUUUUUAACAAAAGUAGAGUCAUUCUCUACCCUGUGGGCCCUGCCCCGAUCCUUGAUAGGACUGUCCUUCUAAGUCAUAGCUAGACGAGUGUCAUUUUUAAAGCUAAGAAUGGACCUCCUAUAUUUCAGGUAGCAUUUGGAUAUUCAGAUUUGGGUGGCCUUUUAUGGAUUAACUGCAAUGUCAGCAAUCAGAGCUCUUGAAGCCAUUGGGGUCAGAGGGCCAGCAAAAGGAGGCCUGGGUCUCAGGAGGGUCCUGGUCCCCAACCUCCUGCAGUGAUAUUUGGUGCGAGUGAGUGUGUUGGGGCUCCUGAAAGGCCAAGGAUGAGCUAUUGGGGGUAGUGGACUUCAUGGGUUGGUCAUUUGCCACAAAGGGUCACCCCUCCAUAUUGGGGCAGGGUCACCCAUCAUCACCUUGCUAGAGUCAGUGUUUAGCUUGUUUGAUGAGGUGGUUUUUCCAGAACCUGAGCAUUUUCUCUGUUGUGUGAUAAUCCAUAUGCCUUCACAACAGAGGAGGAUUGUCCUGUGGUUUCUGGGAAUCUCCUGUGUGCAGGAGUGUCAUUCACAGAAGGGAACGCCACCCCCCUGCCCACCGGCAUGAAGCUAGGAGACCAUGUAGGCACCUCCUCACAACUCCCCAACAUUGUAAAGCAUUUUUGCUAGAUACAGUUCCAGCACUUGAGACACACUGAGGAGGAAGGCCAACGAAAUCGGGUGAUGGAGACCUGGGAGAGUACUUUUUCCCUUCCCAGGUGGAUCUGCUUGAUUUCUGUGCCUUUGUGGACUCCAGACCUGCAGGGCAAUGCAUGGUCCUGGGAGUCUGGUGUGAGUGCCCUUGGUGCAUACAGCCCCUGGGUGCCUCAAGAAUGUCCCCCCAGGGGUGCACCCAGGCUCCUAGUUGCUGUCAAGACCCUGGGUGUAAGAAUGGAUGGUAGGCUAGCUCACUGGCCCAUGGCCCUGGCUUCGGAGUAGACCACAUGCAUGGGGCACCUGGAGGAGGCUUUCCUGCGUGGAGCUGCAGACAGCUGGGAAGCACCUGGCAGGGAUGUGGCCAGUACGUGGGGUGGAUCCCAUCACAUCCCCUCUAUUUGGGCUCUCAGGCUCCCAAUACCAGGAUGGCCUGGCCUCACUCCUUGGGGAGAGGCCACUGGUGUCGGGUUCUGGUUUUGUCAAAAAGUAGAAUCACCUCUGCACCAGUGGUCUGUUCAGGUGAUGUGGGGCGUGGUGGGGCAGAAGGCACUGAUCCUGAGGUGAGUGCUGAGACUGGAGGCUCCCACCAGCCCCAGCCCACACAGACCAGCCCAGGGCAGUCACUGGGGACAGGCCCCACGUGUUGAACUUCCAUGAGGAAAGCUUCUGUGGGAUAGAUAGGUUUCGGCUACCUGGGUCCCCACUCUGAUGUCACAGUGUGGUAACCCUGCUGACCAAUUUUAACUUUCACUUUCCCUCUUUCUCUCUAAUUUCCUCUGCAUUCAGAAUGAGUUGGAUAGUUUUAUUUUAAAGAAUAAAUGGAACGUAAGUACUUCUUUAACAUUUUUGUUUUACUAUGGUUAAAUCCACAUUUAAAGAAUAUUUAAUGAUGAUUAAGAAUGUCCUCACGACAGAGGUGCACGUGGUAUUUUUCAUACUGUUCGUGUCCCAGGAGCUGUGGUUUCUGGGGAUCUUUGCUCCUGAAAGAUCCCAGUCCACAUGGUUGCAGUGAUGAGUCGGUCCUCAGCUCAAGCCACCCAGGUUCCUCUUCCCAGCAUUUGUCAUGAGAACCUUCCACAAGUUGCUGUGACCCAUUUCAGGGGCUCCAGGCCAGUGGGUGUCAUCAGCAGGCAGUGCUAGGGGAUGAGGAAGGAGACUGGGCUUUUUUAAAACUGACUCCAGUAUCUGCUCAAAGAACAGUCUCGCUCUUGACUGUAAUGCCUCACAAGAAUCAGUUUUUAAAGUUAGAGUCCCCUGAGGGCCAGGGAUGGCCAAACAAGAAUGUGGUGUUGUGAAGUACGUUGUGCAGUAUGUGUAGAUGUGAACAUGCCUACAUGCAAAGGGAGAUAAGUGUAUAUGUUCACAUGUGUCUGUGUGCAUAUAUGUGUGUAUUUGGAGAGAGUUAUCUAUGGGCAGAGUACAAAACCACAGAAAAUUGUAGUGGGGGAGUAAGAAAAUAAAAACAAGUAAAUAAACCUGGGAGGGCUUGUCCACUGGGCCAGGGUAGCCAGUGGGCUGCUGUGCAAAGCACUUUUGAGCAACUUUCAGAAAUUCCUUCAGGAUCUGUGGCAUAUUUUUUUUUUCAAGAUAGCAUUUUUUUUUUUAAUUUACAAAAUCACGAUCUGUUAUAAUGAACUUGGAAACUCCAGGGAAGUAUAAGAGUAAAAAUUACUCCAGGGAAGUAAAAAUUUAAAUAACCUAAAACCAUCUA